CCGCGCCGCGUUGUUGACAGGUGUCACCAAAAUGUCACACGUCACGAGUGUUUUCUAAAAUAUGUAUGAAAUUUGAUUUAAAAUCCAACAAAGCGGCAGUCGGAGUGGGUGAACGUGACGGUGAACAUGGAAUUUAAAAUUCUGACUCUAAACUGCUGGGGGCUCGCCGUUGUCUCCCGCAACCGCAGCCAGCGCAUGCAAGCAAUCGCAGAGAUGUUAGCAACUAGCCACUAUGACGUGGUGUGUCUGCAAGAAAUUUGGCUCAAUUCUGACUACGAACUAAUCAAGCACAAAGUCUCAGGAGUCUUGCCUUAUUCCCACUACUUCUACAGCGGAGUCACGGGUUCCGGCGUCUGCAUACUAUCGCGCUAUCCAAUGGAAGAAGUGUUCUUUCACCAGUGGCCAGUCAAUGGGUACAUUCAUAAAAUCCACCACGGCGACUGGUUUGGCGGAAAAGGUGUGGGGUUGUGCCGGUUGAAAGUCAACAAUUAUUGCGUAAACGUCUACUCAGCGCACUUGCAUGCAGAGUAUGACCGCAAAUGUGAUGAAUAUCAAGCUCAUCGAGUGCUUCAAUCAUUUGACACUGCUCAAUUUAUUCAAAUGACGUCGGGAGGGGCGGAUUUGGUUGUUUUAGCAGGGGAUUUGAACACAGAGCCUGGGGAUUUAGCAUACCGGCUUAUGCUAUCAGUGCCUGGGUUGGUGGAUGCGUUUAAUGAAGCUGGUGAAACAGCGCUUGAUAUUGUAGCCACCAAUGAAAGUUUGACUAAUUCUUAUACGCCGCCUUCUUUAGUAAAAAAAAAUAUUCCGGGGAAGAGGAUUGACUACAUUAUGUAUCAUCCAGGCUCAAAUUUACAAAUUGAUUUGAAGAGUUACAGUUUGCCUUUACCAGAUAGAGUUCCAGGGUGUGAUUAUAGCUACUCAGACCAUGAAGCAGUCGCUGCCACGUUAGUUAUAAGCAAAAACGACGUUUUGGCGGCUAAGGAAGAUCUCCAGAUGAAGAAAACUGUGUUGGAGGAGAGCAUCCAGAUUUGUGAUGAAGCACUCAAGAGUUUGGGCCACAACAAAUAUUUGUAUUGGUUUUUUACUUUUGUUUUGUUGGUUUUAUUGGUCACCACGUUGGCUACCAACUCGCCGUUUGGGUUGAACUUUGUAUACCACAUUUUGAAAGUUGUAAUUACCGUUUUUAUGUUCUAUACACUGAUAAUGGCAACUAUUUGGAACAAAAUCGAAAAACACGCUGUGAUUGCUGGAAAGUUAGCAAUGAGCACUGCUUUAAGGAAACUGAAAACCAAAGAUUCGUAAACGGGCUAUUCAUUCCAUUUAAAAGUAUUAAUAGUGUAAGGGCCAAAAAACAAUAUCUAAAUUUAUGCUCAAUGUUAACUAUAUUUGUACUUAUUUAUUAUUAACGACACAAGACCAAUCAAUAUUUGCUCAUGAUUUUAUUUCCAUUGUAACUAUUUUUAUACUGACGCUUUAUUGAUGCUUCGCUGAAGACAGCUUUAUACAAAUUUAUUUGCCGACUUGCUUUAUUGUUCAUAUCAUAACAUCUGUGAUAAAAAUAAUAAUUUUCUUUAUUGUAAUAGUUCAUAAAUAAAAUAUUUAUACACGC